AUGGGAUUUAUUAAAUACCUAAUUUCCUGUGGAUUGUUUUCCUUGUUGCUUUUGAAAGAAGCAACCUGCUGGUCAGAUGAAGGGCACAUGUUAAUAAGUGCCAUAGCAUAUGAAGGACUUGAUGAUAAUGAAAAGAAACUUUUAACAAAAAUAUUCCAAAAUUACAAAGAAGAUAACGAUUUCAAUAAUCAUGUAUAUGCAGCUGUAUGGCCAGAUCAUAUUAAAUACUAUGAACAUCCUGUAGAUACUACUAAAAGAAUGGAUGGUAUCGAUUUAAUGGACAGAUGGCAUUAUAUUAAUGUACCAUAUAAUCCUACCAAUAUUGAUUUAGAUAUGUAUCAUAAAGAAUAUUAUAAAACCACAGAUAACUCAUUAACUAUUACAAAAAGAAUAUUUCAUAACUUAAAAUCAUUCGAAAAAAAAAAAAAAUAUGGCAGUUAUUUUUCUUAUAAUUUCCAAUUAAGAUAUUUUAUUCAUGUUUUUGGUGACAUGCACCAACCUUUACAUACUACCACAUUCUUUAAUAAAAAUUUCAUACAAGGAGAUUACGGAGGAACAGCUAUUAAUGUCAGUUAUAAUCACCGUACUGAAAAAUUACAUCACUUAUGUGAUUGCGUUUUUCAUGCCCGAGAUAAAAAAUGGCCACAUGCUACUGUCGAAGAAGUAACAAAAGAUGCCCGUGACUUAAUGAAAACAUACCCUCCUGAAUAUUUUGGAGAAAGAAUAGACAACGGAAUGGACGAGAAUGAAUUUUUGGGAUAUAUAGUUGAGGAUAGUUAUGAGCAAGCUGUUAAACAUGUCUAUUCAGCUUUCCCAUUUGAUACUUUAAAUAGACAUACCUCAUAUGAUUUAUCAAAUGCAUAUGUUAUUAAUUUAAAAAAAGUUUUAAAUGAACAAAUUGCUUUAGGAGGUUACAGAUUAAUUCGAUAUCUAAAAAUUAUGCUUGCAAAUGUCCCUGAUGAUCUUUAA